AUGAUCCAGAUUAGGUCUACAGGGUUGUGUGAGGUGGUGGUACAGAAUGAGCCAGCGGCAGCACCAGUGGCAGAGUUCCCCUGUCUUGCUGACUCGGACUCUCCCCCCCCACACAUUCAGGAUGAGCCACCACCCCACUCCCUUGAGAUCGCAUCAGACAUGGACUUUGUGGGCCAUCGUCAGCGAUCGUACACAGACCAGCGGCUGGAGAUCAUGCGCAAGGAGAAGAAAAACGCUUCCAAGAUCAAGAGGAUUACAUGGAAGCACAACCCAGCACAGAUUAACGAGAACGAGCUGAACGAGCUCUUCUCCCGCAAGGCUGUGAUAAGCAACGUAGACCAAACCGACAUCUCCCGGCCCCAUCAGCCCCCCCCAAUCUCCCUCCUCACACGUCUGGUUCAGCAGUACCCUGAGGGCAUCAAGAACCCCUUCAUCGAGUACGCCAAGUACGAUGGCACGACUCACACUAACGUACAGGCACGGCGUAUCAGUGUCUACCUGCUCCUGGGGGACAACAUUGCACCCAGCUACCCAAUGGUUGUGUCAGUUGUCAACUGCCACCAGGCGCGAGUCUCGGAUCUCAUCGGCCUCAUCUGCUGGCUCUAUACCAAAGAAAACAGGGAGCCUCCCUUAAGAGGUUCAGUGGAGAACUAUGCACUCCACAUUGCAGAGGAGGAUGGCCAGGUGGACUGGGACUUCCAGGCCCUUAACAACAGAGAUGUCAUUGAAAAGUUUGGUUUCAAUAUCCUGGCUCUAGUCGAGAAGAAGAAUGUCCCGGAGGCAUCCAAGGACAUUGUAGUCACUCUAAAUGUAGCUGGUGGUGCAUUUAGCAAAAUAACUGUAGAAAAUUUGGAUAUCACUCUCAAAGAAAUUCUCAGUAGAACCAUCACAAAGCGCAAGGACAUGGGAAGGAUAAUAGAUGCUGGGCUCGACUACCACUUGGAGAGAGAGAAUGAGCCGGGUAUGGCACUGGACCCUGAGAAAACGCUGGCUGACGUUAAUUGCACGGAAUUCGCAGUAGUGAGAGAUAACAGUAAGAGGAUUGACUUGCCGUUAGAUCCGAGCAACAUGUCAACAGUCGAAGCUACCUUGUAUCGUUCCUACAAAGUCACAUGGCUGCUGAAGUUGGGAAAAUGUGAAGCAUGUCUCGGCAUAUCAGGAGACAAGUUUGAAAUUCAUCCCCUGCAACAGAAGAUGGGCGGAGCUUUCCUGCCCUUGCGCACCCCCCAUGCUGUCACCUACAACAUGGAGCUGGUUGUCGACUGCAGCCGGAAAGCAGAGAAGAAAGGCAAGAUGGAAAUCCAGGUAACUUGUCAAGGUGAGAACCGCUUCAAGGACUACCUGUUUGAAUGCGAAGCCAAAAUCGGGCAGGAAAUUCUAGACAAGUGCAAACACAUUUUUGACCUUCGAACAAGCACAGCACGCAAGGAGUUCUGGCGGGAGAAGAAACCUUUUCGCAGACACAAUAGUUUGUCAAUGCGCCACAGGCCUAGGACAGCAAAUCAUGCAAAUGAAGUGUAGCCAUUUCCCUUUAUUUCUAUUUUCACUGGUUUGUGCUGUCGUAGUGCUCAUGUAUGUGCAUGUGUGCGCAAAGACAAGGACUCAAGUGAUAAGGUGUGAUAUUGUUGACUUCUAGGAUGUUGCUGUUAGUUGUCUGGAGGUGUGAACGUCUGAAGGACAAAUGGACUGUGUCAAGAAGUGUAUAGAAAUAUGGUACACAUUUGAUUCAGGAAUGAUACCCCUUCCUGCAGUGUUAAAGAUAGUGGCUUGCAUCUUCUAGGAAGAUGAAAGAUGCUCUUGUUUACAUGGAAUGUAAGUAUUGUUAUACCUGUUUGCCAUUCUAAUGCGUAAUUAUACUUUAUGCAGGGUAUGAUAAUGCACGCAGGAGCAAUGUUGAAUUUCCAACAAACUGGGACAGACUAGUUGUGUGAUGUAACAGAACAGAUCUGUUUCUUGAAUGUAGAGCUGUUGCAGACAUGAAGCAUUGUUGAUUGUUCCUCUUUUUUAUUAUGAUAUUGAUGUAAUUGAUGAAAAUCAUUACAGUGGUUUGACUUGGAUUUCUCAAAAGCCUGCAUGCGCUAAUAAGUGUUGGUAAAAGGAUGGCUUGGAAAGCAGUGGGUAAUUUUUGUAUGAAGUCAGUAGUAAAGAAAAGAGUUAGAGUUUGCAAACAUAAGACAUAAUGUGAAGCAAAAAAGAUAUUUUGGAAAUGUUGUACACUUGAAAACCCCCUCUAAAAAAAUCACUAUUACCAUAAGAAUUUUGCAUAAAUGGAAGAAAUUGCUGGAGAAUAUGGAAGAGUAGAAAUAUCCUGUGAAUGGUUGUGCAGUAUAAAAGGUUUGUGAUUUUGGAAUGUAAUUUUGACCUUAAUGAAAGCAGAGUAGAACAAAUAACGUGUAUAUAGGUUUGAAUGGCUAUACCAGUCCUAUAUAUAAUUGAUUGACUUACUGUAAUUCAAUUUUUUCUCUUUUCUUUGUAAUCAAGUUGACUGUUAGUUCUCUUAAAAGAUUUUCUGUACAUAAGUGUGAGAAAUAGUGGUCAUUAGAUGCUUUAAUAUUGAUUUUAAAAACUAUAUAAGUAACUUGUCUGCCUACCAUGAAGGUCACAGUGGAAGUUGAUGGUGAUUGUAGGAUUUGUGUAUUUCUUUGAAAGAUCAGAGAAUGCAUGAGCAAAUAGCCUUGUUUAUGAUACUUAAGAUGCAUUAAGACUAAUGCCCUUCCAAAAUUUAAGAUAAGGCUAAGCAAUAUCUAUAUAUACUGUGAGUAUAUAUAUCAUCAUUUUCAUUUUGUGAAAAUCUGUUCAUCAUGUUGUUUAGAAUUUAAACUAAUUCUUCCAAAUCACUGAUUAAGGUUGUACUGUAAGGUAUCAGUCUAGGACUUGACACUGUAAAUAACGGUGCCAAGCGUUGUAAUUUUUUCUCCAGUUUAAAAUCAACGUAGCUAACUAAUCUGCAGUUCUGUCCGAGGCCAGUAUCCAUAGAUGUAAAAGGAAUGAUGAUGAGAGCUGAUACCAUCUUAGCUUCCCAAGAAUUUUAUUUUUGUGUGUAUUUGGCCAAGUUUGCUCUCUCUCUCGCUCUCGCUCUCUUUCUCUCUCUCUCUCACUCUCUUGCUCUCACACACUCUCUCUCGCUCUCACACUCUCUCUCACGC